AUGCAAUCACUUAGAACUCUUAGAUUAUCUAUUGUUUCGAAAAGAGACAGAGUUCUGCAUAAGUUUUCGUGGAGUUCAACCACCACCACUACCAAUGCAAACAAUUCAACUCUUUUAUUUCAGAAUCAAAGACAGCCGUCACAACACACUCAAUUUGAAGAUAUAAUAUCAUCAUAUUCGACUUUGUCAAGUGAAAACAAUAGCAAUAGUAAUAAUAAUAAUAGUAAUAGUAAAACAAAUACAACUACUCCAUCACCGACUUCAAGUUCAACUACUACACCAGAAAAUAACAACAACAAUCAUAGUGGCUUCAAACUUUUCAUUUUAAAUAUAUAUGGUCAUAUUAGAAAGUUUGCAGAUGAAUUGAAUCAACAGGUUAAACAUGGAGUUAUUGCAUACUAUACCAACUGGAAGUUCUACAAGGACAUAAUCAGACCUAAACAGAUGAUGGGAACACCACUUUCAAGACAAGAAAUUAUAUCGAUGAAUAAUUUCAAGAAAGAUUCAUUAUAUUUUGUACCACUAUUCGUUUACCUUUGUGUUCCAUUUUCAACAUUUGGAUUGCCUAUCUACAUUAAAUAUCUCUCAGCAAUAUUACCAAGUACUUUUUCAACAAGAGAAAUGAUAGUGAAAAGAUAUUUGAACAAAUUGAAAAAGAGAACUAAACAUGCAAAUUCAUUAUAUGAAAGACUAAAGUCACGUGACGAUAUCCUUCCAAACCAAAAGAUCACUCUUUCAAAUUUGAAUAGAGGUGAUUUAGUUUUACUAUACAAAAAACAUUAUACAAUGGGAGAAAGAGAUUAUUCAUGA